AUGUCCUGGAGAAACCAAGGCAUCACGGGGUCGAACAACAUCCCGCUUGGGAAGCGUCGCUUCGGCGCCGACGACGAAGAAGAGCCUCCCCGCCGCGAACCGUCCCACGAUGGCUACAGCAACGGCAACGGCAACGGCAACAGCGACCUGAAGCGUGGCCGCAGCCCCGAGCCGCGCACCGACGCCGACGGCCCGCGACGCCGCAAGAAGCGCAACCGCUGGGGCGAUGCCUCGGAGAACAAGGCCGCCGGCCUCAUGGGCCUGCCCACCGCCAUCGUCGCCAACAUGACCAGCGAGCAGCUCGAGGCCUACACUCUCCACCUGCGUAUCGAGGAGAUCAGCCAGAAGCUGCGCAUCGACGAUGUCGUCCCCGCCGAUGGUGACAGAUCCCCAUCGCCCCCGCCCCAGUACGACAACUACGGCCGCCGUGUCAACACCAGGGAAUACCGCUACCGCAAGCGCCUCGAGGAUGAGCGCCACAAGCUGAUCGAGAAGGCCAUGAAGACCAUCCCCAACUACCACCCGCCCCAGGACUACCGACGUCCCACCAAGACCCAGGAGAAGGUCUACGUGCCGGUCAAUGACUAUCCAGAGAUUAACUUCAUCGGCCUGCUCAUUGGCCCUCGUGGUAACACACUCAAGAAGAUGGAAACAGAAUCCGGCGCCAAGAUUGCCAUCCGCGGCAAGGGCUCCGUCAAGGAGGGCAAGGGCCGAUCCGAUGCCGCCCACGCCAGCAACCAGGAGGAGGACCUCCACUGUCUGAUCAUGGCAGACACCGAGGAGAAGGUCAACAAGGCCAAGAAGCUGGUUCACAAUAUCAUUGAGACCGCUGCCUCCAUCCCCGAAGGCCAGAACGAGUUGAAGCGUAACCAGCUCCGUGAGCUUGCCGCCCUCAACGGAACACUCCGUGACGACGAGAACCAGGCUUGCCAGAACUGUGGUCAGAUCGGCCAUCGCAAGUACGACUGCCCUGAGAAGCAGAACUUCACUGCCAACAUCAUCUGUCGCGUCUGUGGCAACGCUGGUCACAUGGCUCGUGAUUGUCCCGACCGACAGAAGGGUGCCAGCUGGCGAAACGACGGUCCUCCUAACCGACAGCCUGCCGGCCGCAUUGGUGGCGGUGAUGCUGUUGACCGUGAAUACGAGCAACUCAUGCAAGAGCUCGGUGGAGGCUCUGGCGGUCCCCCUGCCCGCAUCGAGGCCGGUCCUGGUGCCUAUAACAACGGCGGCGGUGACGCCCGACCCUGGCAGAAGGGACCGACUGGUGGCCCUGCCCCAUGGCGUUCGCGUGAGAACAACAGCUCCUCCGGCAACGACGGCGGCCCGGCUCCCUGGCGCUCCCGCGACCGUGGUAAUGACCGCCAGGAUACUAACGACUAUUACGGCGGCCAAAGCCAGGGCUACAACGGUGCUGCAGCUUCUGGUGGUGCUGCACCAUGGCAUCAGGCUCCUGCCGCCCAGCCCGCAGCUUACCAGUACCCCGGAUACGCCGGUUACGGCGCUCCUGGUGCGGCUGCUCCUGGUAUGGGUCCUCCCCCAGGUCUGCCAGGUAACGCGGGUCUUGGCGCACCUCCUGGAUUGCCCAACAACCUGAGCGCCUUGAUUCAGCAGUACGCCGGUGGAGCUGCUCCCCCGCCUCCCCCGUCGGGUGAAGCUCCUCCGCCGCCACCUGGUGAUCAACCACCACCGCCUCCUCCUCCUGGUGCCUAA